AUGUCUCCCAUGAUCGAAACCCUCCUGUCUGACGACGUCCCCUCCGUCAAGACCAUCCCCUCUUCCAUCACAGCCCCUUCUAUCAAGGAGGCUCCCGUCAACGACGCUCCCGUCAAGGAGGCUCCCGUCAACGGCGCUGCCGUCAAGGCCCCCGCCGCGUUCCCAGCGCCCUUCAACAAGCGACAGAUCCCGCCGUCCGGGCUGACGGCGCUCUACCACCCGCUGGCGGAGAAGACCAUAAAGGAGGUCAACGACUUCUUCCUCGAGCACUGGCCCUUCGAGAGCGAAAAGUAUAAAUCGCGGUUCGGAGUCGAGGGCUGGUGCCGCGUCACGUGCUACUAUGUCUGCCAGUCGCUCGACGACCGCCUUGCCCUCGCCUGCCGCCUCGUCGUCGUGCUCUUCCUCAUCGACGACAUCCUCGAGAGCAUGUCGCUCGACGAGGGCCGCGCCUACAACGCCCGGCUGAUGCCCAUCUUCCGCGGCGACGAGUUGCCCGACCGCAACGUCCCCGUCGAGUGGAUCUCGUACGACAUCUGGCAGGAUUUGCGCGCGUGCGACCGCGAACUGGCCGACGAAAUGCUCGAGCCCGUCUUCGCCUUCAUGCGCGCUCAGACCGAUCCCAUCCGCCUCCAGAAGCUGGACCUCGGAAGCUACCUGGAGUACCGUGAGGCCGACGUCGGCAAGGGUGUUCUGAGCGCCUUGAUCCGCUACACCGGGGCGCUCCGGCUGUCGGCCGAGGAGCUCGCCAUCGCGAAGCCGGUGGACCGCAACUGCGCCCGGCACCUCUCCGUCAUCAACGACAUCUGGAGCUACGAGAAGGAGGUGCACGCCGCCGCCCACCUGCACGAGGAGGGUGGGGUGCUGUGCACCUCGGUGGCCAUCCUGGCCGAGGAGGCCCACAUGUCCAUCGACUCGUCGAAGCGCGUCCUCUACCAGCUGUGCCGCGAGUGGGAGAUCAGCCACGAGGUCCUGGUCGAGGCCGCCCUGGCCCAGAAGGACACGCCCGACAUGCGCGCCUACCUGCUGCGCAUCGAGUACCAGAUGGCCGGGAACGAGUUCUGGAGCCGCACCACGCCGCGGUACCUGAACCCGACGUAUUAG